UGGCAUGAAGAGUAAGUGCCUUUGAUGACCAAAAGUUACAUACGCCCGCAAAGCAACAACGAUUGCUAGCACUCGUUGUGAUGGAAUAAUAACAAUAUAAUAUAUCAAUGUCACGCCAUCCUUUUCACUUCUCCUGACUCGUGUUCCGUGUCUCUCACAGGAUACCAUCGGCAGCGGGCGAAACCCGGUUCAACCGUCAAAAGUUUCUUGAGAUACUCACACUCCAUUACAGUACGGGACAAUCGUAUGGAAACCUCGCCAUCGUCGUAAGGGCAAGUUCUGUGUGAGAAAAGUCAAAAAGAGAGAAAGAGACUCGAGAUGGCACUUCAACCAUGCCUUUACUCCCCUCUCCCCUUCCUUUUUUCGUCUUUCUCGCCGUACACUCGCCGUCCCUAGAUGCGUCCGCGAUGAAUUCCCCUACAGCGACGUUUGCGAGACUCUCGCUUCAUUCUCCAGCUGUCACCAACCAAGACAUCAACCCGCUCGCGCAUCACACAUCAAACAAACGAAAACGAUCCUACGACAUUCCCUCUUCUUCCAAUUUUGCAACAACUUCAACCCCCUCCACUUCUUCUGCCCAACCCACUCCUGACAGCGGUCUCAUACGCUGCAUAUGCGGUUAUACCGACGAUGACGGCCUCACCAUUUUUUGCGACAUGUGCGGGUAUUGGCAACACAUGAGCUGCGUUCUAAGCAACCCACCUCCUCUUUUGAAGGACGACAGCGCAACGGCUUCUGAUGACGACCAAACCUCUUCCUCUACAACCUCUUCUCGCUCCUCUUCCAAGGGAAAAUCAACGAAACCUCCAACGUCAACAUCAUCCAUUACAAGUGCCGCUCUACCAGAGCAGUGGUUCUGUGAACGUUGCGUGCCUCGACCUGUGGAUGCAUCUGCUGCUCGUGCCCGGCAAACCCGAAGAUUACAGGCUGACCGUGAACGCCUAUUCCGUGCAGCUGGAAUAGUCGAACAGAUACCUAAUGGGCGCAAGAAAAGUCGACCCGAAAACAUUGACAAACGGCGACGUAGUACCGUUACUGGCACUCAACAGAUUACAACGGAGUCAGUUCGAAGGUCAAAAUCUGGCACUUCUUCCCGGAAACCAACUUCCAACCGCAACCGUUCUUCAUCCGUCGAUAUUUCCCCACUGGACGAGGACACAAUGUUUGAACCUUGGGCAAAUGAAUUCGUUCGCAUCAACCAAGACGUUAUCGCGGACGAGGGUGUAAGACAAGCCAUUCGUCACUGGCGCUCGUCUAUCGAAGGUAACACCCGAGACUCUCCAACAUCCUCAUCACGCAGUCAACCUCCCAUGCCGAUCUCACCUGUUACUGAAUGCUCCCCGUUACCCCCACUACCAUCAAUCAAGGUGCCCCCUGUUCGCCUCCUUGUGAAGCAAGUCCCUCCAUCUGAGUGUCAACCAAUUCCGACUCCCACUAUCGCCUCACUGCCUCCCCCUAAUGCUACACCUUCUUAUCACGACAAUACCUUACACAACUCAGACCCCAAAUCUCUCUCGUAUGGUCGUCCGCCUACAUACGGCGUUUACACCUCCAAUUCGACCUCCGGAACCAUCCCAGCAGGCACGCUCCUUGCGACGUUCGUUUCCCGCAUCAUCCCCGUAUCAGCAUAUACCUGUGCGCCUUUGUCACAAUAUGCGCUACUACAACUGCCGAAGCCACACGUUCGCCUCAUCCCGCCUCCGCUAUCGCUAGCGCUUGAUGCAAGAGAAAUGGGCAAUGAGAGCAGGUUCAUACGGAACGGGUGUCAUCCCAAUGCAGUGAUAAGGCCUGUGAUCUCUGAGAGCAGCCCAGCCGGUGUGGAGUGGGGUGUGUACAGCAUGAGGAGUAUCAGUGCCAAGGGCGAGGAAAUCGUAUUGGGGUGGGAAUGGGAUGCGAACAGUCCUGUACAACUACUAAAUGAUGUCCUUGAGAACGGGUGCGCGGACGUACAAGGAACCUGAAAGCUGAGAUGUGCCAGAUAUUGUGCACGCUCGGUGGGACGUUCACCUCGUGUGCCUGCGGGAGUGGUCAGAAGCUCUCAGGUUCUAACAAAUGCGUCUUCACAUUGAUGUCUCAAUUUAUCUGUGAUCGGUCCCAGUUCACGGCAACCACACCUUUCCCACUCAGGAUGCAUGCACCGUCGUCGCCUGAGUCACUCGAUGGGACGAGUGUGAAGAAGGAAAAGCCUUAUCUUGGCCCAAUGCUUGCGUCUCCGUUUCGCCUCCCCCAGUCCGG